ACAGAUCAUCAACAUGGUGUCGUGCACAGAGGAACAACAGCUUAAAAAGAUGUGGAAGUUCCAGGAAAGUUUGCUCUUCUUGUUCCUUCUCUGUUGCGUCUGCUCUGAGUGUCGGGUGCUGAAGUUUGUUGUCGCCGUGUUCCGACAUGGUGAUCGAUCGCCCAUUGAGUCUUAUCCCAGAGAUCCUCAUGGAGAGGGAGUGUGGGCCCAGGGGUUCGGACAGUUGACUGAGCUGGGCAUGAAACAACAGUUUGAGCUGGGCAGGUUUCUGAGGAGGCGAUAUGGGAACUUUCUCAGUGAGGACUACAACAACAAAGAGUUGUAUGUGCGGAGCACCGACUACGACCGCACUUUGAUGAGCGCUCAGGCCUGUCUCGCUGGAUUGUUUCCCCCGACCAGACGGCCACCACCCAUCGUGCCCCAGUUGCUGUGGCGGCCUGUUCCAGUGCACACUGUCCCCCGGGCUCAGGACAAGCUGUUGAAGUCUCCAGGCAAAGACUGUCCUAAGUUCAGAGCGUUGAUGACAGACACCUUUAAUAGCGAGCUGUACCAGAGGUUUCUGAGGACUCACCAGGUCUUUGUGCAGAGACUCUCCAACCACACAGGCUACCCCGUCUCUAAACUGAUUGGUAAAAAAAUAUGGCGGGUCUAUGACACACUUACCUGUCAGAGGAGGCAUAACUUGACACUCCCACACUGGGCCUCCCGAGAUGUUCUGGACACCUUGAAGGGAAUAGCCUCCUUUGAGGUCAUGUACGGCAUCGUCAGUCACAAGAGGAAAGAGAAGGCCAGGCUCUCGGGAGGAGUCCUACUGAGCGCCAUCCUGGGGAAUUUCUCCCGGAUCGUAGAGCAAGGCAGCCCUCUCAAGUUCAUCAUGUACUCCGCUCACGACUCGACACUCAUCACCCUCCAGGCAGCACUGGACGUCUACAAUGGCCUUCUUCCACCUUACGCUGCCUGUCAGCUCUUUGAGUUCUACCAGGAGUAUGAUGGAUCCUAUUCUCUGGAGCUUUACUACCGCAACGACUCCUGGAGGGAAGCCUACAACAAUAAUUUGCCAGGAUGUAAAGGUCUGAGCCCCUGCCCUCUGUCCUUGUUCAACGAGCUGGUGCGGGACGUGGUGCCACAGGACUGGGAGGCUGAGUGUGGGUUCAGGGUAAAAUGGUCAGGCACAGGUGUCCUCACAGCUCUUGCGGUGGCUGUGGGUCUGCUGGCAGUGGCGCUGUUGUUCAGCAUAGGAGUUGCAAUCCACAGGAGGAGAGCACACUACUCCAGGGAGGUGUAAAUUCAAUGUGCCAAAACAUACAGUUCCUGCUCCGCUUUAGAAGCAGCUUGCUUUUGUUUGUGUGUGUGUGUGUGUUACAUGUUCAUCAAUGGUAAUGAAAAUGAUUAAAUGUAGAAAUAAAAUGUCUUAGAAACCAACAAUUGUUAA